AUGACCGAGCCACGCUCCGUGUGGGAGGCAUACGAGCUGCAGGCCCGGAAGAGCCCAGCUGCGCCGGCCGUAUGCAUCCCAAAUCCUCGAGUGGAGCUGACCUACGCAGCUGUGAUCUCCCGGAGCCUCAGUAUUGCACGGAGCCUCAAGAAGAGGCACGGCGACCGCGAGCGGGUGGGCAUCCUCGUUGGAAGGACUCAUGCAGACUUUCUGCCUCUGUUGCUGGCGGUGGGGCGUCACGGUGCAUUUGUUCUGCUGAGCACAGACCUUCCGGACAAAGAGCAGCAGCGCGAGCGCAAUCAAUAUUUGCUGGACACGCUGCAGCUGAGCCUCGUGGUGGUGGAAGCGAGGGAGAGCUUCACAGACCUCUGUCUGACAGCGGCCUGGGCUCCCUUGGCUGAGCUAAGCGAAGAGGAAGGCGAGUGUCUGGGGGAAGACAAUUUCGACCCGGACGCGGUCUUGUCCUUCAUGUGCACCGGUGGCAGUCAACACCUGAAGAUUGCCAAGGUGACCCACCGCAUGAUGCUGCACGAGAGACGCGCAUACCCGGCGCUAUGCCAGAUCAGUGGCGUGCGUCUCCUCCAGAACCUCCGAAGCUUUUGGCCGGCGGCAGUGGUGGGCCAGCUGAGCCUUGCACUGGCCCUGGAGGGCUGCGCUGUGAUCUGCAGCUGCGAUGUCACGCAGAUGCGCCAGCUGGUCUUGGACGAGAACGUGGACGUACUUGGCCUUGUGCCAGACCAGCUCAGCUUGCUGGCCGAGGACGCCUCAGCUCUGCCCCAGCUGCGCCUGGUGAUCUCCUGGGCAGAGCGCCUGCCGCUGCACUUGGCCCAGAAGUGGCGCGGCGUGCGGAUCCUGGAGCUGCUCAUCGCCACGGAGUACUGGCUCUCCUUUGCAGGCGACCCAUUGAAGCCAGAGCGCAUUGGUGAAGACCGAUGGACCGUGUUCUAUCCGGUCUCCGAUGUCGGCUUUGUGGUUCUCGAUGAGGGCAAACGCGUCCAGGAGGGCUUGGGCGAGCUUUGCCUGCGCGGGCCAAUGGUCUCACCAGGCUACGUCGCCGGGGAGGCCUUUCUGGACUUCGAGGGCCAGCGAUACUUCCGCACCCACGACUUGGUGCAGCUGCUGCCCGGAGGUGGCUUCAUCUACCGGGGCCGCGGCGAUCGGUGGUCCAAGGUCAAGGGCCAAUGGGUCGAUCUCAAUGCCCUGGAGCACACGCUCCAGGACACCGAGGGGGUGAAAGAGGCGUGUCUGGUGGAGUCGGACCUGGUGCACGCCUUUGUGAGCCUCGAUGAGACUUUGUCUUUGCCGGUGCGGAGGCUCAAGGAUCUUCUGCCCUGGAGGAGCUAUCUUCACGUGCUGCCAGUCUUGCCUCGCACCGCCACCGGCAAGGUGAACGUCAAGUCCUUGCAGGCCAGGCUGGAGCGGCCAUCAAGCGCUCGGGUUUCGUCGCGGAGGCAGCGCCUGCGCCAGACCUGGCUGCAGCACGGCAGCCUGGCGCUGGCUGCGGCGCUGGUGUCCUUUUUCGGGGAGGCCGCAACCACCUCGAUUUGGCUCGGGUUCCUGGGCCCUUGCAGCCUGGCCUACGGCUGGCUGGGCUUGGCGCACCUCAGCGUCCGGAAGCUGCCCGACUUGGGCUUCACGAGGAUGUCGGGCUUGCUGGCGCUGCACGCCUUGCCUUUCCGCUGGGCGCGGCAGCUCCGAGCGCUGCUGGCGCUGUAUGGGCUGCAAAGGGCGCUGAGCAGGCGAAGGCUGUCCUGGCCGCUGGUGUUCUGGCUGGGUUCUGGCACCCAGCUCCACCUGGAAUGCGUGCGCGCUCGCGGCAGCCUCUUGAUGGGCUUGCUGAGGCAGUUGGGCUACACGGUGGAUGGUGUGGACGAGGUUGUGAAGCUUCUUCUGGGGCAGCUGAGGGGACUCUUUUCCCGGCGGCGCAACUGGAACUCUGGAAGGAGGGGUGCGCCGUGGGAGCCGUCGAGGACUAUUGGCACCCAAUGGGAAGAGCAUCCCAUGGAUGAGAAGGACGUGCUGCAGAGCGAUCUAUGGACUGCAGAAUCCGUCUUGGCCAGUACAGAGACGACUCUUCCAAGUUGGCCCUGCGAAACGGAGGAGAGCGCCCGGGUGGAACUUUCGCAGCGCUCCAUCGAUUGGGCUUUAGAGAACUUCCCAUCCCCCAAGCCCUGGGAUGAGUCCAUGAGCUUCCUGCGGCAUGUGAUUCCUGAGACGGACCCGGACGCAUCAUUGGCAAGUCUGGAUAGCCUCCGCGUGAGCUUCAUCGCGAGUGCGCUGCAGGCCCAGGGUCAUAUGGUGAGCGGAGAAGAGGUGCGCCAGGCGCGGUCCCUCCGUGCGUUGGUCGCCCAGCUGGGUGCCGCGAAAGCCGCGCCGCGCGUGGCCGCCGCCUCCAGGAUGCCGGCGCCGAAGUCGGAGUAUGCGAUCUGGUUCACUCCUGGCCAGAUGAAUCCGAUGGGUCCCUGGCUAUGCCGCAGCCGGCGCGUUGUGGUCAAAUCCGCGCUCCAGCGCGCGCUCACGCAGCUCCGUGCGCGGCAUGUGGCGCUGCGGGCGGCGUCCGCGGACCCCGUGCCGCUGCGCUCCUUCAUGCUGAACUGUGCGGCGCUGCUGUGCGCGAGUGAGGCCGAAGCUUUGCCUCCUUUCGCGCAGCGGGCGGUGGGCUGCGCGCUGUUCAGGGCCUGGCCCCGGGUCCGUGUGUUGGAGGAGGAUCAUCCCCUCUCCGAGGUGGAAGUUCAUGGCCAAACCGAAUUGGAGUGGCAGCUGGGCCGCGGCAAUACGCCCCUCCCGUCGCCGUUUGAAGUUCUGCUGAUUCAGCUGGUGCUGCCCGUAGUGGGCGUUUGGGAGUGUGAUGGAGGCCACAUCUCUAUUGUGCGGUCAGAGGGUGAGUUGGUCUACGUGGACGCGGAGCGCUGGCUGGCGGCAAAGCUGGGCGCCGAACUGAACGGCCCGGCCCUCUUUGCGGGGCUCCUGCCAGAUGGAGGGGGCGUGUGGCUGCGCUUCCCUACGUCCAGCCAGCUGCAAGUCUCGUACCGGCCCUCGUCGACUGCUUCCUUGACGACCUUCACAGCCACUCGGAUCCCGCAGCCGAGCGACCAGCUGGAAACCGUCUCCUUUGUCAUGAUGCAAUGCAGCCACGCCUUUGCUGACGGCUACUGCUUUCCCCCCAUCGCCUCCGACCUCUUCACCUACGUAAACCUGGCCGAAUCGGGAGAGCUUCAAGCGAACGGCGCGUUGCCCGCCACUGACGCCUUCCGAGUGCUGGAGCAACGGCUGGCCGCCACCUUGCGAUUCCGCUUGGAUCCCAACCGCCACUCCCUGCGCGGAAGCCUAUGGGGGGCCUCCUUCAAGGGCUACUCCUGCAGCCUCUCCCUGGAGGGCGGUACGCUCAAAGUGCUCAAGGCAGUGGCGAGCAAUUAUCAAGUGCCCUUGAACUACCUGCUUCUCGCAAUCGUGACUGCUGCGCAAGCGCGAGCGUCCCAUGCGCAAGCUGUGGAGAUGACGCUGUAUGUACCCAUGCGAGAUGGAAUCGAAUCAGGAAUGGUUGGCUUGUUUGCUGACUGGCGAGACAUCACUGUGUCCACCGACUUUGAAGAUGCCACCAUCCUGGGUGUCAUCCUUGAAGUGGCUGAUAUUCUGCGUCUGCGCCGAUGGACGGUCUUCGACGCUGUCAGGAAAGCUGAGCGGACCGUGGUGAAUUUCGACCAGCGGGAUGUGCGCGACCACAGCGGAUUUGUGCAGGUUUCAGACACUUUCUGGCGACCUGGACGGGCUCGCAAUUGGAAUCAAUGGGAGUGGCUUGCUCAACCGCUUCAAAUCGACCUGGUGGAGGAGCACCAUGCUCGAUGGCACAUUUAUGUCCGAAUGUGCUAUGAGCUGUACCCGGUCAGCUGGCGCCGAGACUUUGUGCAAGGCAUCCGGGACGCGACCUGGUACGCCAUAUUUCAGCCCUGGCAGCUGGCAGUGAUCCCCUGGCACUCGUCCAAGGAGGGGGGCGUGUCCUUCCAAGAGGACCUUGUUUUCGACAAGCCGCGGAACAGCAUGCAAGUCAAGAUUGAGAUGAAGCAGCCCAAAGAGUGGGGCUACUUCGGUGGUGGCCUUACUCUCCGCGCGGUGCGCGUUGAUUCAUUGAUGCCCGAGGUGCAGCCAGCUUUUGUGAGCCCGGCACAGCCGCUGGCAAUCCGGUUGCAGGUGCCGACCAAGACCAGCCAGCGGACUCGCCCCAGUCAGCAGGGGAGUGCCGCAGCGCUGCUGGGAACAGCGGCGCUCAUUGCUGCUGUGGGCCAAAGACGCCGUGUGGCGGUCAAGGCAAAGUCGGAGGACCAGCCGGACAACUUCCUGGCGGCCGUGGGCCGCCGCGCCUCGUUGGCGCUACCCAGCGCUCUGGUGGCCGGUGCUCCUGCAUACGCUGAGUACGAAAUUAUCGACCUCCGGGGCCGCGCGGAAAACGGGUGCAUCGAGUGCGGCACCAGCGGCCUGGUGAACUGCAACAUGUGCGAAGGCACGGGCCAGUACAGGACGUGGGGUACACCCCAAGAGCGCACCCCAGUCCAGCAGUACCUGACCUGUCCGGAGUGCAACGGCCUGGGGGAGAAGGUGUGCCAGAAGUGUGGCGGCACCGGGCUCCCGGCCAAGAAGCUCAAGGGCCUCUUGCGCGACCCCAUCUUCGCGAAGGUCGCGUUCCGGCUGAAGCGCCAGAGGGUGGACGUGAACACGGUAGACAAGAUGAAGGCCGAUGUGCGCAAAGCGGUCGCGGCCGCGGAGAAGCGCUCGGGUCCCAUGGGAAGAGCCGGAACCAACCGGCUCGCCCCCAGUGCAACUUGUGGAGCCGGUUCCGAAGCCAGGGCUUCCCUUUGUUUCUUUGCGGGUGGUUCGGGCCCGUGGGGACAGCCAAACGUUGGCGGGGCAGGCUCCCAAAACGACGUGCCUCUUUUUCGACAGGCACUUUGA